UUGUCCAUCCCAAGUACCAAGAAUCCCAAAGAAUUGCAAUCUUCCUGAGCAUGCCAGAUGAAAUCCAGACAGAAGAAAUCAUUAAGGACAUUUUUAAGCAAGGCAAAGAGUGUUUCAUCCCACGUUACAAGCCUCAGAGCAAUCACAUGGACAUGCUGAAGUUAUCCUCAGCUGAAGACAUUUCUUCACUUGCUUUGACAUCCUGGAAUAUCCUUCAGCCUAGUGAUGAUGACAGUACAAGAGAGGAAGCUCUUGCUGGUGGAGGUCUCGACCUGAUCUUCAUGCCAGGACUAGGGUUCGACAAGAAAGGCAACAGAUUGGGAAGAGGGAAAGGAUAUUAUGAUACCUAUCUUGACAGAUGUAUGAAACAUCCCAGUGGAAAGCCUUACAUGAUUGCCUUGGCUUUUAGGGAACAGAUUUGUGAAUCAGUGCCUGUGGCAGAAAAUGAUGUCCAAGUAGAUGAAAUACUUUAUGAAGACUGCUGAAAGUAUCGCAAUACCAACCCACCUUCAGAGUGACCCUCCAAGGACAUCAGAUUCAUCAAUCAUA